AUGACACCAUCUCUUGAAGAGCCCGUACACCCGCAAUCACAGGGAGGCCCCCUUAUUGCAAAGGAACCAACUCUGCUCUACGAGCCAGGCUGGACGGUUGUCGAAGACCAUGAGAAGUACCCUUACGAUGAUCUUCUCCCUUCGUUUCCAAAUAUAAGCUGGGACCCUAUCGGAAAGGUCCCGUAUCAUGAUAAGGGAAUUCUAGAGGAUGAGAAGUUUAGCGGCCUUCUAGACGCUGCCACGGACAUCUUCGACUAUAAUCCGAAAAUCGGAACAGAGGUUCAUGGUGUUAAUCUCGCAAAACUCACGGACAAUCAGCGAAAUGCUCUUGCACGUCUAAUAGCCAUUCGUGGGGUGGUGUUUUUCCGGGCCCAGGAUGAUUUCGAUAUUGAGGCCCAAAGGGAUCUAGGUCGAUAUUUUGGGACUCUUCAUAGGCAUGCUACAACAGCUGUACCUAAAAAGGCAGGGCUGGAGGACGUCCAUGUGGUUUACACGGGAGACUACUCCGUCGAUCAAAGAGCACUGUUCAGCCCAAGCUUUUUGUGGCAUUCCGAUGUGACCUAUGAGGUUCAACCACCUUCAUACACCUCCCUUAAGGUUCUCACGGGCCCUCCUCGUGGUGGUGGUGGGGAUACGCUCUGGUCCUCUCAAUAUGCCGCAUAUGACGCUCUGUCACCACACAUGCAAACAUACCUGAAGGGCCUGACUGCUCUUCAUUCAGCGGAUAUGCAGGCAGAUGGAUCGAGGGCUGCUGGCCGUCCCGUCCGCCGCGAGCCAAUUACAACUAAACACCCACUCAUACGCACUAAUCCAGUAACGGGCUGGAACUCACUCUUCUUCAAUCCCGGGUUUAUUACCAAAAUUGUUGGGGUGCCCAAGCUAGAAAGUGAUGCAAUCAUUAAUUACCUCAGCAGCGUUGUUGUUACGACGCAAGAACUACAUGCCCGUUUCCAGUGGGGGAAGAAUGAUGUUGCGUUCUGGGAUAAUCGUUCAACGGUACGCUUCUCUGUGUCACUAUAUAUCUAUGACCUGCUCGAACUACUUUCUGACUUGAAACCAAAGAAUCACACGGCGUCGUAUGGUUUCACCCCCCAUCGUCGUCAUGCUGUUCGUGUUGCAUGA